ACAAAAAAACUCUGUGGUGCACAUUAAGCCUCGUUCUACAUUUAUACACAUUCCACCAAAUUCUCAUCACUUCAUUUCAUUUCACUCUUAUCUGUCCAAAAAUGGAAGCAUGUUUUCUCUCCCACAAUUCCUUCGCCAUAUCCACAGAUCAACUCAUCCCCACUAUCAGAAACGCCUCUCUAUCACACUCCAAGCGAUCUUCUCAACCUUUCCACUGCAGAAAAGUUAGAACCCCAUUUCCCAUAUCAUGUUGCCACAUGUCAUCAUCAUCAUCACCGUUGUAUGACGAUGAGAAGCCCAGGCUAAGCGGUGACUGGCGAUCUUUCCGUGCAAAACUGGUGGCAGGAGAGCAAUUGCAAAGGCCGGAGGAGGUUUCUAAGGUGAAUGAUCUGGACACUGUGGUGGAUCAUCCUCCACUCGUCACCAUUGCCGAUAAAUGGGCCCACGUAAUCCACGAGCCCGAAAAGGGGUGCUUGCUAAUUGCCACCGAAAAGCUGGAUGGGGUCCACAUCUUCGAGCGGACGGUGAUCCUUCUGCUGUCAACUGGGCCCAUAGGGCCAUCAGGGAUCAUCCUGAAUAGACCGUCCCUGAUGUCCAUCAAGGAGACGAGAUCAACGGCGUUGGAUGUGGAGGGGACGUUUUCCAACAGUCCCUUGUUCUUUGGGGGACCCUUGGAAGAAGGGCUGUUUCUAUUGAGUCCAAAAGAGGGUGAGGGUGGUGAUGACGGGGUGGCGAAGAGUGGGGUGUUUGAGGAAGUGAUGAAGGGGUUGUAUUAUGGGUCAAAAGAGAGUGUGGGUUGUGCUGCGGAAAUGGUGAAGAGGAAUGUGGUUGGGCUUGGGGAGUUUAGGUUCUUUGAUGGCUACUGUGGCUGGGAGAGAGAGCAACUGAGAGAUGAGAUAAGGGCUGGUUAUUGGACUGUGGCUGCCUGCAGCCCAAGUGUUGUUGGGCUUGGGAGAGUCGGAAGUGUUGGGCUUUGGGAUGAAGUUCUCGGGCUUAUGUCCAGAAGAAAGGUCAUGUGAAAUGUGACAGUUACUAUCUGUCGGCGUUGUAAAUUAUAAUUAUUUUCCUAAUUAUAUUCUCUUAUGAUAUGAUUAA